UCAAGUGCAGUGAGUGUAACAUAUACGUGCACUUCUCUGAUAGGUAUAUUGAACAGUAGACAUUUCAUACGUUAUUGUUGAAAUUGUAUUUUCGAGUGUUUUGUGUUUUCCGGAGAAAAACAAAAGUGCGAAAAUGAGUAAUUCAACUAUUUCGGAUCAAUCGCUAAUGGACAAGUCAAUGAGGAGUGUUUUCGUCGGGAAUAUCCCGUACGAGGCUACAGAAGAGAAUCUAAAGGAUAUUUUCAGUGAAGUUGGACCAGUGCUUUCUUUCAAAUUAGUUUUUGACCGCGAGACAGGCAAACCUAAAGGAUAUGGCUUCUGUGAAUACAAAGAUCAGGAAACAGCCUUAAGUGCUAUGAGAAAUUUAAAUGGAUAUGAGAUUGGUGGAAGAACAUUGCGUGUGGAUAAUGCUUGUACAGAGAAAAGUCGUAUGGAGAUGCAGAGUCUUCUGCAAGGACAGAAUACUGAAAAUCCAUAUGGGGAAGCUGUUCAAUCAGACAAGGCACCAGAAGCUAUAAGUAAAGCUGUAGCGUCUCUACCACCGGAGCAAAUGUUUGAAUUGAUGAAGCAAAUGAAACUUUGUGUACAAAAUAACCCGAAUGAGGCACGUCAAAUGCUUCUACAAAAUCCUCAAUUGGCAUAUGCUCUGCUUCAAGCACAGGUGGUCAUGAGGAUAGUGGAUCCGCAUACAGCAGUCAGUAUGUUGCACAAGGCUAAUCCUAUCCCAGGUGUAUUAACACCAUCAGAAAAACCAAUCCAACAAGUCCAGCCACGAAUUGAGGAACCGUGGGCUCCGCCACGACCUCCACCAGCUGUUAAUGCUCCAGCGCCCAUUUUCGCAGGUCAAGACGUGGAUCUUCGAUUGGAUAGACCAAUAGAUCCACGUUUAGCUAGAAUGGAUCAAGAUUUAAGAGGACCACCUCAAACGCAGCCCGCUCCAGUUAGUGCACCACCAGUGAUACCGGCUGCUGCUGAUCCGAGAGGGCCCAAUACAUUUAAUAUUACAGACAACACUCUUCCUGUGGAGGGAGUCGAGAGCUUUUGCCGUGAUCCAAGGGCUGAUAGAUUCGGCAGAGAUCCGAGAGAUCCGAGAGAUCCAAGAAUGCCUAUUGAUCCUAGGAUUACCAAAGCUAAUCCGACUCCUGUAGCUCCACCGGUUGUUCCGAGACCAGUUGCUGCACCAACCGUGCCAAUACCAAGUCCUGUAACAGGCAACACGACUGGUUCUACCGCUGUGCUUUCACAGUCGGCAAGUUCUGCGACAUCGAGACUUAUGGCUGGAAUGUCUCCAGCAGGAAAUAUUCCCAGUGGCGCAUCUGACCAGGAAAAGGCAGCCUUAAUAAUGCAAGUGUUACAAUUAUCAGAUGAGCAAAUUUCUAUGCUUCCACCUGAACAGAGACAAAGUAUUCUGGUGCUAAAGGAACAAAUUGCAAAGAGUACUCAGCGUUAACAUGGUCUUAUGUAAG